AUGUCGAAUCAACGCCACCAUCCUACAGACAGAUUUGAUGCUCCAACAUCUUUUCUUCUCUUGCCGUCUUUUCGUCGCCCAUCGUAUCGCGAAAUUCACCAAAUAAAUGUGCCUGAAAAGCUGGACGAAUCAAGUGUCUUUCAUCAGUGGCCGUUAGAAGGUGCUGUACCACUUUAUAAAACAAUUAACAAGGCUCUUCUGAACGACGAUGAAAAGAUUCUGAGAGAACAUGUUGUCUAUAUCUACAAUCUGCGAAUGGCCAUUAAACACAAUCAUCAACCAAACGAAAUCACAGCUUAUCGCAAUCUUAAACUCCAACCAAGCUAUGUUCAGGAGGAAUAUAAAGAAGGUACAACGUUCUUGUGGCCGACAUUUUCCAGUACAUCCCUUGACAGGAGUGUCGCAUCGCAAUUCGGUAAUUAUACAUUUGAAAUCAAGACAUCACCAGAUGAUAAUACAUAUCGUGUGAAUAUCAGUGGCUAUUCAAAAUUUCCAUCGAAAUGGUUAUUCAUUAUUCAUCGAAAUGGUUAUUAUUUUGUUAACAAAGGAGACGAUCGGUGGGAAGAAUAUCAGAACAAUCAACUGUUUGCAUCAUUUAAGCAAGUGUAA